AAGGAUGAGGGGAGCGCAUGUCAGCAGUUAUAAAUGACUAACUUACUUUGUGUUCAACAUUUUUCUCACCAGAAGCCAUUUUCAGCACUGGUUGGAGGGUGGAGACAUGGAGGAAGCUGCCCUGGGCGAGCCGUGGGAGCGGAGAAAGACCUCUUCUGAGGAAGGCAAGAGGAGCCACGAGAUCUCUAGAAGGCGCGGGCUGCCCUGUGCACACCACAGAGCCUGGGUAAGAGCCGGCCUCAGUAGCUGGGGAGAUGGGAUGGAUGGGCCAGGGGUAGCCCUGUCUCCUGACAGACCCCGCCUCCAGCCCCACAGGCCCCGCCUCCAGAGCCCCGCCUCCACCAUCCCACUGCCUUCAUCUAUCAAAGGCCUCUUCCUGACCUCUCGUCCCCCAGCUGCCCUUCUGCCCUGGUCAGUGCCCGACAGCCUGGCCCUCCCCACCAAGAAGAAGACGGUAAAACUCUUCUGGCAGGAUGAGAGCUGGCUGGGGGCCACGGAGGCUCCGGGAGCCGCUUCGGGCCCUGCUCCACCCUGUGGGCCUCCCUGGAGCCUGUCUCCAUGGACACCGCCCGGCUGGAGCACCUGUUCGAGUCCCGUGCCAAGGACGUGCUGCCUUCCAAGAAAGCCGAUGAGGUUUUUAAAGGGCAGGCCACAUAUCUGA